GGCACAUGAUGGGAAUCAACCAAUGGCUCCAGAGCUUUCCUGGGGCCCCCGUGUGUGUACGGGCGAGUGUAUCCGAAAAGAAUAGCAGAGAGUGAGACUGGCAGCAAAGUAAUUCAAGUUUUCCUUUAAACCACUCCUGAGUCUUGAAUCGGAGUAGCUACAUCUGCAUCCGUAUGUUUGAGCAGCAUAAAAACUCAAUCUAAACUUUUUAUUUCGGGGUUGCAAACGGAUUAUUCUACACUACGGUGGAAAAUAACAUUGGAAUCUGAAUGCGGCAAGGAUUAUUUGGGAUUAUUUCGUGGUGAAGCAACUCCAUCGAUGUGCCGUCAGAAGGAUUCUCAAACGAAGGAUUUAACCAAGGCUGCUCAAAGUCCAAGAAAAAACCCGAACUAUUUUGCUGUCGUUUCAUGUGGUAGCUAUAGUGUAGUUAUUGGAGGAAUAAUUAUGGUAUAGCCUAUGAAUUGCUGCUCGGAAAAUAAUCUUGGGGAAUUGUGUUGCCUCUGUAAAAACAAACGUUUUCAUAUGGUUGUAGGAUAUAACAGACCAGUAAAUGCAUGUAUGUCGCAUUCUGUUUCGUUGUGUAAUAUCGUUACAUUUGACUUUGUUUAAUGCAACAUACAACCGUAAAUUACAUUCUAAUGCUGCGAGUUAGUCAUAAAUCUACGACCCCCGGCUGCGCAUGUAGUGCGCGCCGUUUACAAAACAUUAAUGUUGUGCGGAGACCAUAAAUCAAUGUGGAAUCCUCACAGACCUGGACGGGAACAAUACGACACAUCCAAAACUGUUUAAAUUGUCGUAUGUUCAGGUCGAAACGCUCAGGUCUUAUACGGCGACUCUGGAGAAGCCGUUUAGUCCCAGACAGAGACGGGGGAGAUGGGAGAAGCAAACGAAGCGAGGAGUUUCGGGACGGUUCGUGUGGCAGUAACCCAGAAAAAAUUCCCAAAACGGAGCUCGGGUCGGUGACCCGUGCCUCGCCAUCUCUGGGAACUUUCGACGAAGUGGGCAACACAGACCUCACGGACAGCGCAGAGUCGGCGCCGGGGGACAAUUCGGACCAUGGUCAGGGGGAUGCCAUGUGUGUCCCUGUCCCUCAUCACCGAGGCUCUCAGCCAGAACACGAGAAUGACAGUAGAACGGUUACUUGCUGUUUGUUUCGAGACAGGGAUCCUAGACCUCGGAGCCCCGUCUUGACCCGGGGUAUUCGAAACUCUAGUCCCCGCGAUGGAGGUAUCCUCACGGGACGGGAGGGGAAUGCUGGCUCGGUGGCCGAGCAAGAACUCAAGAACUUUACCUAUGCUCUUUUGAAAAGACUCAAGGAGAAACCGCUGGAUGCCUUGUUGGAGGCGGUGGAGUCGAAAGGAGGGAUGCCCAGUGACUGUGUUCUGGUACCCCAGACGGAGCUGCGUUUAGGUGGCCACUCGACAUCUCCCCCAUUUCUGCUCUGUAAACUCUACCGAUGGACUGACCUGCACCACUCGACUCAACUCAAAGCGCUGUGCCACUGUCAAAGCUUCCGGGCAUUGGACAGCAGCGAAACGGUGUGCUGUAACCCCUAUCACUACAGUCUCUUGUGUGGGCCAGAAUCACCACCACCCCCCUACUCACGACUAUCUCCCUCAGAUGAACACAAGCCACUGGAACUAUCAGAUUCAACACUGUCGUACACUGAAACUGUGGCCCCCCAGUCCCCCGACGUCGCGCCAAGACUCUUCUCAGCCCCCGGUACCUCCGUGGGCUCCUCGUCCUCCUGUGGGCGGCGUUCCCACUGGUGCAGCGUAGCCUACUGGGAACAGCAGACGCGGGUCGGCCGCCUCUACCCGGCCCACGAGCCCUCGCUCAGCAUCUUCUACGACCUACCUCAGGGCACGGGCCUCUGCCUGGGCCAACUCAACGCCGUUGCCAACGCUAGCAACGGUCACCGCUGCGACGGUCACCAUGGCAACCGUAGUCACCGCGGCGGUAGUGGCAGCAGCACGGGCAGCUGUGUCCAGCGAACGCGCAGCAAAAUCGGCUACGGGAUUGUCCUGAGCCAAGAACCUGACGGAGUGUGGAUCUACAACCGUAGCCAGCACCCAGUGUUUGUCCACUCGCCCACCCUGGACCUGCCCAGCUCAGUGAGGGGACUGACGGUGAGGAGGGUGAUGCCUGGCUACUCACUCAAAGUGUUUGACUAUGACAAGUCCAGUUGGAUCCUGCAGCAGGGCAUGGAGCCCCCUGUGGGGCUGGAGGGCCCCUAUGACCCCCACAGUGUGAGGAUCAGCUUCGCCAAGGGCUGGGGCCCCUGCUACUCCAGACAGUUCGUCACCUCCUGCCCCUGCUGGGUGGAGGUGUUGCUCAAUACCCACAGAUAACACACAGACUAGGAAGACAGACAGAGGGAUGGAUGGAUGGACAGGUAUACACACAGAUAACACACAGACUAGGAAGACAGACAGAGGGAUGGAUGGAUGGACAGGUAUACACACAGAUAACACACAGACUAGGAAGACAGACAGAGGGAUGGAUGGACAGGUAUACACACAGAUAACACACAGACUAGGAAGACAGACAGAGGGAUGGAUGGACAGGUAUACACACAGAUAACACACAGACUAGGAAGACAGACAGAGGGAUGGAUGGACAGGUAUACACACAGAUAACACACAGACUAGGAAGACAGACAGAGGGAUGGAUGGACAGGUAUACACACAGAUAACACACAGACUAGGAAGACAGACAGAGGGAUGGAUGGAUGGACAGGUAUACACACAGAUAACACACAGACUAGGAAGACAGACAGAGGGAUGGAUGGACAGGUAUACACACAGAUAACACACAGACUAGGAAGACAGACAGAGGGAUGGAUGGAUGGACAGGUAUACACACGGAUGGACAGACGGGGAAACACAAAUACAGUACACGUAUAUACUUACAUAGGUGCUCACAGGUAUAUGUGUACACACACACAUACACACACACAUCACAUAGACACACACACACACAUAGACACACACACACAUAGACACACACACAGACACACACACACAGACAGCUAUCUCAACCAACUAUCCCAAAUAUAAUCUACCUAGAUUUAAUAUAAAGUUUUAUAUAUUAUAUGAAAUAUAUUAUACUUGUAAAUACCAAGUCAUUUUUACAAUGCAAUUAUUUAUGUAUAGUGUAAUGUGUAUAUGGACGAAAUAAAACAAAAAAGAACAGAAUGAUGCACUUUGGAUUCUAUAUAUGCUGAAAGAGAUAUAUCCUGCAGACAACAUGAAACACCCGGUUUUAGUUCUCAUAUUUUAUCAAUCACCUGAAAAAGUUAUGCCAUUCACACAUUGACAAUAAAGUACUCGUAUUCUAAGA